AUGUUUUUCCAAAUUUUUUUUCUCAUUUCUAUCUCUCUCUCUCUCUCUUUCUCUGUCAGCGUCUUCCUAUCAAUCUCUUUUCAUUUCUCUCCUUCUCAGCGUCUUUCUAUCAGUCUUUCUUUUCAUUUUUUUUUCUUUCUUUCACCUCCAAAAUCUUCUGAUCUUGAGUUCAUCAAAUCUAUUUUCAUGUCUCCGUUGAGUCUCUUUCAUUCUUUUUUUAUUCUCUUUGCUUUUCUCUUUCGUUCUCUCUCUCUCUCUCUUGGUCUACCACUUUGGUUUUCCAGAAACACUCUAUCUCUCUCGCGUUGUCUCUUUAACCGUUUCCAUUUCUUCAUCAUUUCCUCUUUCUCUUUCUCUCUCGAUUCCCCCACUUUGUCCCUCCUCCCAUUCUCUCAUUUCUAUUCCCCCUCUCCUGGUUUAAUUCCUGUAUUUGCUUCUCUUUCCUCCUCCUUUCUAUAG